AACUCUAACAACAAAUGUUUGCUAUUGUCUGGAAACCAAGAAUCAAACAGAGCAAAAACACAGAAUCCAGAAACAACGAAAAUGAAGAUGACAUGGAAAAAGAAGAGCGGGAGCAAGCGGUUAGCAAUACCUAACCUUCCAUUUGAAAACGAUGAAGAAGAUGAUCAACUUAAACAAUCUAACUCUCCUCCUUCUUCACUCAAUCCCCAAAUUCCCAAUAAAACCCUUGAUUCUUCUCUUGCCGAUUCUUUCCAUGAACAAGGAAACAAGCUUGCUGAGGAUGGUAAAUACCGCGAAGCACUUGGAAAGUGGGAGGCUGCUAUUACUUUGAUGCCCGAAAAGGCUGUUUUGCACGAACAGAAGGCUCAAGUAUUACUUGAAGUUGGAGAUUCCUGGGGUGCUUUGAAGGCAGCAACUCGAGCCACUGAAUUGGACCCAUCAUGGGCUGAGGCUUGGACGACCCUUGGUAGAGCACAACUGAAUUUUGGGGAGCCUGAUGGUGCAAUUGAAACCUUUGACAAAGCUUUGGCCCUUCAGCCUGAAUUAGCUGAGGCACAAGAAGAUAGACAAACUGCUUUACAGCUUGUGAAGAAGAGAAAGCACCUUCACUCAUCAGGUCUAAGCGCAGAUACAUCUCGUUAUGCAGUUGGUGAGAGGGGUGAAGCCAACCUCCCUGGUUCAGCCUGAAUGUACUGGUAGUAUACUCCGCAACAAAAUCCUAAUAUAACAAGGUAAUGCAGAUUAGAGCAGCUGCUUCAUUCCUGAUAUACCUCGGCUUGUUUGACUGCAGUAGUAGGUGUUUGGGUGUACAUAACCAGUUAUCAAAUAUAGUUGUAAUAGACAGAUUAAGGAUUUAAGGGGCAUACCUAUCUGUCAAAUGUCCGUCUGUUAUGAUAUAAAUCUGAGAUGAAACAUUCUCAUGCAUGUUUCUGUAGGUAACAUAUCUGUAUACUGUGUUGUGACUGUUGCUCGUAUGUUUACCUUUUUUAAAUAAAAAUUUCAUUUUAGUCCA